AGGCCUCAGCCUCCGCAAUCUGAGAGAACCGUUCAUUGGAGAAGUUAGGAGCGCAAAUUGAUUUUUUUCAAUCUAUUGGGGAUUUAUGUUCAAAUUUAUGCGAAGGAAUAUUUGACGAAUUCUUGGAAUCCACUUAAGACACAUCACAAACAUGGGGUGUCUUGGUGAUUCCAGCAUGUGCCUGGGCGAGCAGAUGAUCCGAACCCUCCAGGACCUGAAGCAGACGGGACGCCCGCGGCCCCUGAGCGCGCCCUGCGCCGGCUCCUUCCCCGUCCCGCCGCUCUGCCAGCGCCGGAGCCGGCCCGGCCGGGACGCCCGGGUGACGCGGCUCCGCGUGUCCAGCUCCAGCGAGGCCAGCGCCUACGACUCGGCCUGCUGCCUGGCCGGGCCCCUGGAGGAGGAGGAGGAGGAGGAGGGGGAGGCGGGGGAGGGGCGGCUGGGCCCCGGGUCCCCCAGCAGCCGCAAGAGCCUGGACCUGGACUCGGGGUACUCGGAGGCGUCCUGGCAGGACGAGGGCGUGGUGCUGCGGAGGACCCGGAACGUGCGGGUGUCCGCCUCGGCGUGCCUGCGCACCAACCGGGGCGCGUCGGGCCGGGUCAGGCCCAAGUCCACGUCGGACGCGUGCCUGGAGCGCUGGACGUCGUUCGAGGCGUGCGGCGGCGGCGCCGAGGACUGGACGGCGGCGCUGCUGAGCCGCAGCAGGAACCGCUCGCCACUGGUCCUCGGGGACAACAGCUUCGCCGACCUCAUCCAGAACUGGAUGGACCUGCCCGAGUGCCCCGAGCCGGCGGAGCUGCCGCCCAGCGCGGGACGUCGCCUGGCCAAGGACCUGCUGGGGAACAUGCGCAGGAAGCUGGCAGGGAGGGCCAAGGGGGUGGAGGUGAGGCGCCGGCCGGUGGACCCCAACAGGGCCAGCCGGCCCCUGGAGGCCCCCAAGCGCAUGUCCUGCCCCGUGGGCUUCCAGGCCCUCAAACCCUUCUUCCACCAGUCGCACACUGGCAUCCACCAGCUGGACUCUACAGACUUCUACCAGUUCAACGCCCUGAUGAAGAGCGGCAGCCGGCAGCCCAUCAUAUGCAACGACAUCAUUGGAUACAUCUGAACCACGCUGCUGUGUUGGAAGAGAACGGACCCUGUUCCAUAAAUGUAUAUAGAAGGAUAUUUCGAAUUUGACAUCUGGUAUGUUGGUACACUUUUUGUAUACUGUUGUAAUAAAAGGGUUUUCUAUUUAAUAUGAAAAAUGUGUUUGUCGGAAUUUGG